AGUUAUUGCGGAAAAAGUAAAACAAAAUAAAAUUGGGGGAAUGAAUGAAUAGAAGUGUGGGAAGUGGAAGCUGCGAUGCGAUGCGAUGGAGGAAAUAGGCACAUCAACAACAGCAGAGAAGAAGGCGAUGUUGCGGCCGUCUUUAAAAUCCGAUUCUGAAUUCAACAAUUACCAACUCUGGAAACAAAAGUUGAGGGAGAAUUGCUUCAAAAGGGUUCGACAAGACAGAAGCAGAUUGCUUUGGAAAUGUAGGCUCUCUUCCUCCGAUGAUGAAUCCUCUCGUCUUCUUCAUAAUCAGGAUGAGUUGGAUAUCGUGUUCCGUGAUAUUGUAUCUGAUGAAUUGAAUAAGAUCAAUAAUGAUGACAAUGAUCUUUUAUGGAACGAUGACCUCAAAGCAGCUCAUGAGGGUGAUUGCCAAGACAUUCUUCUUGAAAUGCAAAACUUAUUUUAUCAAGACCUCGAUUCUCAUAUUGAUACUUGGGAAGAUGAAGUUGAUCACUACUUGGCUCGUGCUGUUUAUGACCAUAUGCAUCUAAAUCCAGAUAAUAAUACUAAUAAUAAGACAUUUGGAGAACAAAUUUGGUGUCCUCUUUGUAAGCAAGGACAGCUCAAAGACACUCACAAUCUCAUCUACUGCACUCGUUGUAAACUUCAACUAACCAAAGCUGACGAGCUUACUUUGGACUUUUUGCGAGACCGGCUUGCCGAAGUCCAUAUGGAGCAUCUUGACAGAGGCUGCAGAUUGAAACCCAGAUUUUGUAUAAAGACAAAAUUUAAUUUAACUGCAUUAUACAUUGUGUGUGAAGGUUGUGAUACAUUCGAGGUUGUAAUUUAACAAUUUUGUCGGUAUUUUUUAUAUAGUUAUUAGAGGUUCAAACAUAAUUCAAGAUUUUUCUGUA